AUGGGCCGGAGCCAGGCAGCAGGUGCAUCCUGUCCGUCCAAAGCCAAGUCCAUCCUGCUCGCUUCUCCAUCUUUCACUCACUCUGGAACAGGGUCUCCUCCAGCCCACCCCUCGUGGUACGGCAGCCACGGAGGGACGAGGACCGGAGGCGGGUGGCGCGUGGGGAACUCGUGCCCCGGGCUCGCUCAGCCCUUCUUGGCGCUGACUUACGUGAGCAACUUAGAAGUCAAAGCCGGGCAGUGCCCGCGGCUCCGUGAAGAUGAGUUUUUCUGUGGUGGACAGAUGCGCACGCCCCCAGAUGGCUCGCCCCUGUGCAGCCGCACCGUCCUCCACGUCCAGGCUCCCUCGGCCCUCACGGCAGAAGCUGCCCUCCGAACUUACCCAUCUGGGAAGGUGCCAGAGAUCGAGGGUCAGGGCUGGAAGCCGGAAGCGGCCGUGUUGGAGCUAACUCGGGACUCAGCCGAGGGGAAGCCAGGGGCGCGCCCUCGCUGCUCCCCCAGCCCGGCGCGAGCCCUCCGCGAAGGCCGGGGCCAUGGGGGCUCCGCGCCGCCGCGGAGACGGGAGCAACCCCAGAGUGAACCGGUGGGACCGGGAGUGGUGGCGCCUCCGCGGGGGCCCACACUUGGGGAGGGCCUCGGAGGAGGCGCGGCCGGCCGGAGGCGGGGCGCGCUGGUUAGUAAAUGUGGCGAGGGGCCUACGGAGGGCGAGGCGGAAGCGGCCCGGUUCCAGCCCGCGUCCUGGAACCCUCCUCCGCCGGAGCCCGCGCCUCGGGGACCCCGCGGCCGCAGCGCCUGGCGCACGGGCCCCGGGGCUGCGGGGGCAGCUUCCGGGGAGAGUUGUGAGGGCAGAGCGGUGACCCCUCCGGCGCGAGCCCUGGGGGCCGCGCGGACCCUCAGGACGCCGCCCCUGCGGCCGCCACCGCCCGGGUCUGGGGUCCCGCUGAUCUGUAUCCUACGGGCAGCUGCGCCGCUGUGCCCACAGGAAGCGACACACCCACCGCCGGGUAGUGGCCUUGGGGUGGAGGGGCUGAACUGCACAGUCAAGAACAGUACCUGCCUGGACGACACCUGGAUCCACCCUCGAAGCCUGACCCCCUCGCCCCCCAAAGACAUGCAGACCCAGCUGCGCUUUGUCCACACGCAGCAAGGACACCUGCUCCCCGUGGCUCACGUCGAGUGGACGCUUCAGACAGACGCCAGCAUCCUCUACCUGGAGGGAGCGGAACUGUCCGUCUUGCAGCUGAACACCAACGAACGUCUGUGUGUCAAGUUUGAGUUUCUGUCCACACUGAAGCAUCAUCACAAGCGGUGGCGUUUUGCCUUCAGCCACUUCGUGGUGGAACCCGGCCAGGAGUACGAGGUGACCGUCCACCACCUGCCUAAGCCCAUCCCUGACGGGGACCCAAACCACCAGUCCAGAAACUUCCUGGUGCCCGACUGCGAGGACCCCAGGAUGAAGAUGACCACGCCCUGCGUGAGCUCAGGCAGCCUGUGGGACCCCAGCAUCACUGUGGAGACCCUCGAGGCCCACCAGCUGCGGCUGAGCUUCACGCCGUGGAACGAGUCCACCAAAUACCAGAUCCUGCUGGACAGCUUUCUACCCGCGGAGAACCGCAGCUGCUUCCGACACGUCAUGGAUCUGGCCGUGCCUGCACAGGAGGCCGCCCGGCAGUGCUGCAACGUCACACUCACCCUGCCACGCUUCAGCUGGUGCUGCCGCCACCACGUGCAGAUCCAGCCCUUCUUCAGCAGCUGCCUCAACGACUGCCUCCGACACUCGGUGGCCGUGCGCUGCCCAGAGGUCCCGCACACCCCAGACGCCGUUGAAGACUACAUGCCCCUGUGGGUGUCCAGGUGCAUCCCCGGCCUCUCCAUCCUGCUCGUGGGUUCCGUCAUCCUGCUGACCGUCUGCGUGGGCUGGCGGCUACCGGGGUCCCAUCACGGAAAAUAUGAAAAUGGCACCAAAUGCACAGACGUCCUGCCCGCUGCCACCAGCCUGAGCCCCCCACCCCUGAAGCCCAGAAAGGUCUGGAUCGUUUACUCGGCCGAUCACCCCCUCUACGUGGACGUGGUCCUGAAGUUCGCCCAGUUCCUGCUCACCGUGUGCGGCACCGAAGUGGCCCUCGACCUGCUGGAGGAACAGGCCAUCUCGGAGGCGGGGGUCAUGACCUGGGUGGGCCGCCGGAAGCAGGAGGUGGCGGAGGGCAGCUCCAAGAUCAUCGUCCUGUGCUCCCGAGGCACCCGGGCCAAGUGGCAGGCCAUGCUCGGCUGGGAGGACGCCACCGUCCAGCUUCGCUGCGACCGCGGGAAGCCCGCGGGGGACCUGUUCACGGCGGCCAUGAACAUGAUCCUGCCGGACUUUAAGAGGCCCGCCUGCUUCGGCACCUACAUCGUCUGCUAUUUCCGUGACAUCAGCUGCGAGGCCGACGUCCCCGAGCUCUUCAGCAUCACGUCGUGCUAUGCGCUCAUGGACAAGUUUGAGGAUGUCUACUUCCGCAUACAGGACCUGGAGAUGUUCGGGCCGGGCCGCAUGCACCGCGUCGGGGCGCUCACGGCCCAGAACUACCUGCAGAGCCCCGGCGGCCGGCAGCUCCGCGAGGCCGUGCAGCGCUUCCGCCGCUGGCAGGCCCAGCGCCCCGACUGGUUCAAGCUCGAGAGCCUCUGCCCGGCAGACGACCAGGACCUCCCGUCCCUGGACGAGGAGGCCUUUGAGGAGCCGCCGCCGGGAGGAGGGAUCGUCCGGCAGGAGCCGCUGGUGCUGGAACCCGCCUCCCAGGGCAGCCUGCUGGUGGAGCUGCUCCUCGCGGGGCAAGGAGGGGGCCCGUCGCGGCUGGAGCCCCAGCCUUGGCCCCAGGAGCAGCCGGCGGCCCAGACGCUCCAGACCACGGUGGUCCCGGUGGACGGGGCCCCUCCAGCGCAGGCGGUGGAGCCCGUCCCUCGGGCCGUCAGGAGCGGUGCCACCAGCCGGCUGGCCCUGGCUGGGGGAGACGAGGCCUGCCCGCUCCUGGGCGGCUGGGGCCCUGGGCGGAACAGCAUCCUCUUCCUCCCCAUGCACCCCGAGGACCCGCCCGUCUGCAGCAGCCCCACGGGGCGGCCGGACGGCUCCAUACUGCCGUCCCUGCAGCAGAGCCUGCGCUGCCCUGCAGGGGAGCAGCGGCGGUCGGUGCAGUCCGACCAGGGCUACAUCUCCAGGAGCUCCCCGCAGCUCCCGGACGAUGACGAGGGGGACCAGGGCGGGGGGCCGGGCGGGCAGCCGCUGUGUCCCGAGGGCCUGGAGAGCCUGCGGAGCCUCCAGCUCCUGCUCCUCCUCCAGGAGCUGCACAAGAACCCUGGCCUGGAGCCCAAGGGGCCGCCGUGUGGGACCUCCCCCGCCCAGGGCGGUGAGCACGUGUGUCCGUAG